CUUUGUCUCUUUACAGUUGCACAUUAUAUUAUAUAUAUAUAUAUUUAAAAUCUCUAUGCCUUAAUUCCAAGAUGCGAGAGAUCUAAACAGUUUUUCUGCUCUAUUUUAUAUUAUAUUAUUCUCAAAUUUGAGUUUAUAGUAUGAUAUGUUUUUAAGGAUUGGUUGAAUUUGAAAAUACUGUAUUUCUUCUUCUCAAAAAAAAAAUAAAUAAAUAAAUAAAUUCUAGUUGAAAACCGGAUUGGGGUAAAUAACAGGUUUAUUUAUCAUAUUUGGGUUACGGUUCGGAUACUGAGAUCAAAUCUUAAUCGGAUCGAUAAAGGGGUGUUCUAAAAGACAAAAUAAUUAAGAUUUCGGAUAUGGCCCAGAUGGGUACCUGAAGCCCGUAACAUAUAUCAGCCUUUUAAUAAACUAUUUUGCUAGGAGUUUUCAAUUAAAAAAAAUCAACAAUUUUUGAUAAAUUCCUUUUUCUUUUUCUUUCAAUUUCCUUAGAAAAAUAAAAAAAAUGGGAGACAAGUACGAAACUUUGGAAAUCCUCGAAAAAUCACCAACGGGAGUCUUUAACCUAAUUUUAAACCGCCCAUCUGUGCGCAACGCGAUUUCAUUCGACUUCUACACCGAAUUCCCAAAAGCUCUUAAUGCGCUCGACCAAAAUCCUAACGUCGCUGUCAUCUUACUAUCUGGAUCCGGCGACCACUUCUGCGCUGGCAUCGACUUCAAAAGCCUCAAAUUCUUAUCCAGUAAUUACUCGGGAGACCGCGGCCGCUCCGGGGAGCGAUUACUGAGACAGAUCAAGUUCAUGCAAGAUGCAAUUACCGCCAUCGAGCGAUGCCGGAAGCCCGUAAUCGCUGCCAUACACGGCGCAUGUAUCGGCAUGGGAAUCGAUAUCGUGACGGCCUGUGAUGUAAGGUAUUGUACGAAGGAUGCGUUUUUCUCUGUGAAGGAAGUCGAUUUGGCUAUCACCGCGGAUUUAGGAACGCUGCAGAGGCUUCCUGGGAUUGUCGGGUUUGGGAACGCCAUGGAGCUGGCGUUGACGGGUCGGAGGUUCUCGGGUCAGGAGGCAAAGGAGUUGGGUCUGGUUUCUCGAGUUUUUGAGUCAAACGAAGAAUUAAGUGAAGGCGUCCUUACCAUUGCAGAGGGAAUUGCUGGGAAAUCUCCACUAGCCGUGGCAGGGACAAAAGCUGUUUUGCUAAGAAGCAGGGAGUUGAGUAUGGAACAAGGAUUGGAUUAUGUUGCAACUUGGAACUCUUCGAUGCUUCUGUCUGAUGAUCUAACGGAGGCCAUCUCUGCUCAAAUCCAGAAAAGGAAACCUGUUUUUGCUAAGCUUUGAUGCUGUUGUUCUUGUUAUUGUUUUGUCCUAAAAAACAAAUCCUUGGAAUAACAGUAGGAUAUGGUCUAUUUGUAGCUUAUAAGAUUUGGACCGGCAUUCAUCCAAAAUUUCAAGUCAAUGUAAUAAUUUUUGUUGUUCGAAUUUUAGUAU